AUGAUGGUGGUCACCGAGUUCUAUAAAGGUUUUCCAAGAGAGACGGCCCGCUGGAUCACCAUGGGCAACUGCCUGCACAAGACCACCGUGCUGGCGGGCACCGCCUGUCUCUUCACCCCGCUGGCCCUGCCCUUGGAUUACUCCCACUUCAUCUCGCUGCCCGCCGGCGUGCUCAGCCUGGCCUGCUGCACCCUCUACGGCAUCUCCUGGCAGUUUGACCCCUGCUGCAAGUACCAGAUGGAGUACGACGCCUACAAACUGUCCCGUCUGCCCUUGCACACACUCACUUCCUCCACCCCGGUGGUGCUGGUCCGGAAGGACGACUUGCACAGAAAGAGACUGCACAACACGAUAGCACUGGCCGCCCUGGUGUACUGUGUAAAGAAGAUUUACGAACUCUAUGCCGUAUGAUUGCAGUAGGACGGGGAGAGAAGCAAACGACCCAGCCCACGAGAGACGACCCG